AUGCCAGAUGAGACGUUCACUAGUGCAAAUGAUUCUUAUGCUAUUGAGGGCCUGGCACAGCAGAUUGUGCUGGAGGCCCGGUCGGAUUGGGCAGGCAUAUUUGCACUGACUGGGGCUUUGGGAUAUGGCGCUGGUGGCCACGUAUCGAGGGUGCUGGUUCGCGCGCCAGUAUUGCGACCGAUACUGCCCAAUUUACUUGCUAGGCUCUCCCAGUUGCGAUGCUCGAGCAUGCGUACCUUGCAUGAUUCGAGAAUGCAAUGGCUGAAGAAGUUUGUUCCUCGAAGGCAGAUAUCGCGCCUUGUUUUGGGGUGA